AUGGGGCAUACCUUCCACACCCUUCAGGCACGAAUGCAAGUGAACAGCACCCUGACCCGCAUCAUCAACGCGGCCGUCAACGGCGUCAACCGGCUGUCGUGGGGAAAUGACCCAUCACGCGCGGCCGUCAUCGCCAAACUCAACGACACUCGGGUAUCUCUCUGGCCUCCGGACUCGCUGCUCACGUGGCGUGGCCUCAACGAAAUGUACGCCACCUUCGCGCCGCACAAGGACUCGGUCGCCGAAUACUGGGUGCACGGGCACGAACGACUCCGCCAGCUGGCCGAGCAACCUCGCUACUCCCAAGCGUUGGCACUUCGACCAAACUUCGUGCUCCCAUUGUUCGCCUACGACUACCUGCUCAACACGGUGUCUAUCGCUGUGACGGCGUUAGCGAGGCCACUCUUCUACGCCCAAGGAACAGCCGCCAUGGAUCACGGAGGCCUGGGCUUUGGCUUUGCCAGGGAACUGGUCAAAGCUCUAGAUAGCACGGGUCUCAUGAUAGAUCCGGCGGGUCGCAUCAACGACUCCUGGGUGACGUCACGCUGGCGCAAACAGACGUUGAUGAUGGCCAACUGCUCGUCAUCCGGCGAAGACAUCUUUCCGGAGGUGCCCGCCAUGCAGUUGGCAUACGAGGCGUUUCUGAGGCAGAGGCGAGAGUCAAACGCGAAUCUGCGGCUAUCGCAUGUUUGGAGAGAAGAGCAGGUGUUCUUUAUUACAGCCUGCUUCAGCAUGUGUACCCGAGCCGGCCCAGUCAAGGCUCUGACGGGAGACUGCAACAAGGCCGUCAGCAAUUUCCCGGCUUUCGCUCGAGCCUUCCGGUGUCCGACUGGUUCGCCCAUGAACCCACUGGAGAAGUGCCUUUAUUUCGACUGA